AUGGCUCGUGGGAGGAAUGCGAAGCGGAAUAAGAGUACCGCCUCAGUGGGUAGCAAGAAGAAUCGGACGCAAUCGACAACAUCGACGAAAUUUCAGCAAAGUGUUGACGGAUUCAGCGCUUUUAUUGUGUCUGUCUCAAAACUAGGAAAGAAUGGACACGAAUUCACCUGGCACGAUCUAAGAAAGGUUUACCACAAAGAGACGCAACGCCAACUCACUGCUGAAGAACUAAACGCGAUUUUCUCCGCGAAAAGUUUGACGAAAAGAGAAAUCUUCGAGUUGCCGAAAGUGAAGCGAUUCAUGGAAUCUAUGGAUGGUAGUAUGAUGUGCAGAUUCCGGUUGAUUGGAGAACCAGACGGAUAUCAGUCCGAAAAUGACGAUAUUCCUCCACUGAUGUCCACUUCACUCGAAAGCGAUGUCGUCACUCAAAAUUCUACUUCUCCUAAUUUUUCGCAAGCAGCCUCUCCAAUAAUGCCAAACGAGAAAUCCAUUGCCAUUUCCACAGAUUGUGAUGACAAAACUGGUGGUCCAACCUCGGAUUUGAGCAAAUCUGACAAUUCUCCGUCACAAAGAUCUCUUGUACAACAGUCAUCUAUGACUGACGAUGAAGGAUGGGUUUCAGGAAGGGAUACUCGAUCAGAUAAUUCCUCUCCGGUUGAAAUCCACACAGAUAAAGAUGAGGUCGAUGGAGGCUCCAAGAUGGAAUUAGACGACGAAGUGUUUGAAGACGAGCAUAGAAUUGAAGCGGGCAGCGAUAAUGUUGAUGGCCAUCUUGUCACCGAUGUGCUGGUUGUAGAAGAAGCAACUGUUGAGCAAAAAUACAAAGAAGCUGAAAACUCGUAUAUUGCUCCGAUUGUGAUGACCGAAUCUAUAACUGCUGCUUUCGAAGCCGUCAUUCAAUCAGUACAUGCGAAUGCAACUCUUCCUGAAACACAAAAUUCAUCGGCGACGGCGAGAGUGCACGCGACGCCGCGGAAAGUUUUGUCGCCUCCAGUGCCUGCCGAGAGAACGACUGUUUCGUCCGACGAACUGUCCACUGGGGCACCAAUCAAAAGAUUGAUCGAAAAAUUUGACACUGCUGUCAAUUUUGUCGAACAAAAAAUUAAGAGAGAUGGUUCACCUCAGAAGUCGAUUUAUACUCAGGUUCUAGAAGAGAUUAAAGAAACGGAACAUUCCGUAGAUCAAGAGGUUUUGUCAACGAAGACUGAAGAGCAUGAAGAAGCUGAAGUGACUAAUGUCAUAUUCAGAAGCACUUCUACCCACAGCAGCAUAAUUGCUAACGGGAAAGAGCAACUGGCAGAAUUCGUCGCAGAACAAGAAGCAAAACAUAAAGAGAAGCCUGCUACACCAAAAAUCACGAACGCCAACACCACCACAGAGGAAACUGAAAACGCUUUCUGCGCAAAAGAACAGUCUUCUAUGUCAUCGUUGGAUCGUGAAUACUUCGAUUCAAAAACCAAACACAAUCUCGGUGUGAAAGAUCCUGAUGGUUUCCAACUGAAGACUGUUGACAGCUGUGGAAGCGGUCCGGCUUCUUCAGAGAUUAUCACAGUGAUCGAAACUCCUUCAAAAGUUUUAGACGCUAUGAGAAAAAGAACAGACUCUGUUGAGAGCGAUGCCGAUGUACCAUACUCUCUCUGCAGUGAAGACGAAGGCGAACCAAUGACUAUGAUAGAAAAAUCCAUGAAAGCUUCUCAAAGUGCCGAGCAACUAUCCAAACCAAAAGAAGAAGUCAGAGCAAAGACAGUAGUAGUAAAUGUUGAGUUGGAUGGGCAGGCAAAACGAGACUCGAACGAUACAAACGCAGUUCAUGUCAAGGAUAGGGUUGCUGCUCUUCAAGCUCUGGUCGUUGACAAAUCCGUUCCUAUCGCCAAAAUUGACAGUCUCGACAAAGAAGAAGUUCUAGUGCUUAGCCGUAACGAAGAGCUACCACACAUUGCACUUGAAGCGAAGCCAGCAACUGGAACCAUCCGUCGCCGACAUGUCAGAUUCAUGCGUGGAUGCUGUGUUGUUCAGUAA